AGGAAGUAGAACAAGUAUUCGUCCCACUAUCAAUGUCAAGUGUUUCAUUGAUAUUAAAGGUGUACUUUUCGCCGAAAUAUGAGAAGACUCGGGUAUUUAAAGAUCAACAUGACGGCAUGAAGGUGUUAUCUAAAUAAUAAAUAAAUUGGAGGCCAUUGCAAUAGAGGCGUUUAAUAAAAACAAAAAGAGUAAGCAAUGAAGAUCGGAAUAUUCUUUUCUGGCCUUUUUUGUUUUUAUGCAGAAUUCUUUAAAUGUUCAAUCUAAAGUGUCGAAAGGCUUUGUCGAUUGCAAAGAUCGCUUCUUUCAAAAUACUCCACCAUAUCUUAAUGGUUUAACGGAACAGAAUUCAGUUCAAAUAUGCCAAAGCCAUAGAUCAAUGUUAAAUCGGUAUUAUUUUGCAAUCAACUACAAUAGGGUACACAGAAUACCCCAUUACAGUGCGUAUUUGAUUGAUUCAUUUGAUACAGGUGGUAAACGUUACGGUUCCUGGUUGAUUGAACCACAGCUAGCCUGCAAAUGAUUUACCGGGGACUUAAUAAGGGAUAAAAAUGAACUUAGUAAGUAUAUGGAAAGCCAAGCAUUAGAUGCAGACUAUAAAGGCAGUGGAUAUGAUAGGGGACAUUUAAAUCCAUCUUUUUAUCACAGUGAAAAUAAUCUGGCAAGGCUGGUAACAAAUAGUUUGACUAAUGUUGCACCACAGGUUGGAGAUUUUAAUAAAGGGAUAUGGGUUAAGUUAGAAAAGUCACUAUAUGAUGCAAUGAAUCAUAGCUGUAACUUUGCUGGAGCCAAACGUUAUUUUAUAACCGGUGUUGUUCCGAGUAGUGGAACUACAAUAAAUAAUAAAGGCAGGGUUAAUGUACCAGAUUAUUUCUGGACAGCGAUGUGCUGCGAUUCCUCUGGUGCAAAUGAUCCUUUGAAAAAUAUGAUGGGUUGGUCAGCUGCAUUCUUUGAUGGAAAUGCGAUUAACUCGUCAAUUCGGGUCUACACAAUCGAAGACUUUCUCUACUAUCUGUCUAAACUUUUAUCUUCUAGCAAUCCUAAACUGUUUGCAGAUUUUAAUAAUACAGAGACCGAAAUCCGUAACUGUUUGUUCAACCAAACACAAGCUUCGACUAUGGUAAAUGGCAUCAUACAAAAUAACGACAGAUUUGAAAAUAGAUCCAUUUUUAAUUGAUC